AUGUCUUCCGAUACACCACCCUCUCCUCCGCAAAAUGUGGUCCCUGAGCUCGACAUCCCUAAACUACACGCCCUCCCCUCCGAACAACAGGAACUGUACAUGCUUACGUUCACCUCCGACCUCGUACAAUACAUAACUGGAUUGGAAACAGCGGAAGUUACAUCGCAACAAAAGGAUCUCAAGAAGGAAUUGUUCAAGAUAUUGAACCUCCCUUCACCGACUAUCACUCGUGUCCUCCGCACCAAUCUAGGGCGAUGUUUUGGCGCAAUACUCAGCAAAGGGGAUCGUGGGAUCCUCUUCGAAACAAUCACUGAUUUACUGGCAAUUGUAAAUGCUGGCAAGAGUGAAGCCGAAUUGAAGACCAAAUUCGCUGCGGCGCACUGUCUAGGGGAUGUCUUUGCAACAGCUGGCGAUAGCGCGUUCAUGCAGUCCAAUGUUGCGAUUUCGGGCGCUCUCAAACUGCUGAAAUCAGCAAGCAAUCACACCGGUCUAAGGGGGGCUAUCUUUGCAGUAAUGCGCAAGGUUGUUGUUGGAAUUGGGGUUCCGAUCGAUGAAGGAACUGCCCGCGACAUCUGGAAACAGGCCCGAAAUGCUGCUAUCAGUGACAAAUCCACUUUCGUCCAAGUCCAUGCAUGCCGCUGCCUGGAGCAGCUGGUUGCCACAACACCAUUCUUCGAUAACGCUCAUGACUUCGAACACCUCAAAACCCUUGUAUGGAAGGUUAUCGACAGCCCAGCUGCGCCGGUGCGGCACGCCGUAGCUGCGGUUCUCGGUCGGGCACUGAUUAAUCUACAUGCUACGGAUGCGCACGUAACGGCCACCCCGAAACCGAAAUCGAAGAAAUCGAAGCGCAUGUCGAAGAAACCUGGUGCGGGGCUUGGAGAUGAGGAAGAUGCCGAGAUGUCAGAGUCGUCGGCUCCUAAGAAAACAGACUCGCGCCUGUACUUCCUUCUUCCGGACUUGUUGAAGCAGCUUUCGACCCAAUAUUUGAAGAGUACCACUUCGAAUCGCUCUCGCGCUGGGAUCUGUAUAUGCUACAAAUAUGUUCUGCGCAAUCUUGGGGACAAGAUUGUCGAAGAGCGGUAUGGUCAGAUUGCGACGAACUUGCUUGUCGAGUUGUUGAAUCAUCCGACUGUCACAUACAACCGCUUCCGCCUACUCAUGACCAGGAAGUUUAUCAAGAGUAUCCUUGAGGAUACUAUUGGCCAGGAAUUGCUGCGUGAGAACAGUCAACUCAACGCCGCAACAUGGCUAAUCAACGAUAUCCUCAAGGACUACCCCCAGGUUAUCCAGGAACGUCGCGAGCCCAGCAAGUACACACUGACGAGUGCGGUCAGCGCUUUGUCCUCAUUGAUUUCAUCACUUGGCUCCGCCUUCAGCGUUCAGGCUGAUAACUGCCGAGAUGCUCUGCUUCAAGUCCUUCCUCACCCUAGCUAUACUGUUCAAGUCCAUGUUGCACAUUGUCUGCGAAACUUCGUUCUAGCCGCUCCUCAUCAGCUGCUGUCAUGCGUGACAAUCUGCAUGAACAGUUUGAAUAGAGAAAUCGGACAGCUAGGUACACCGCGUCAGUCGCCCCGCCGGUGUGUUGGCUAUGCCAAUGGACUAUCUGCAAUGCUCAGCACUUCUCGUCUACAACCACUGUAUGGAGCAGUGGAUGUGUUCGCACGCGUUUUUACUCAGGCAACCGAUCUUCUCAAGACCAGCGGCACUUCGGAGCUUCGAGUUGCGAGCAUCCAAAUCCAGGUGGCAUGGAUUCUAAUUGGAGGUUUGAUGCCUCUGGGGCCCAGCUUUGUCAAGACUCAUCUGUCUCAAUUAAUGCUUCUCUGGAAGAACGCACUCCCCAAGCACCUCGGAAAGGAGAACGCUGCCCAGCCAGGUACUGUUGAAAUCAGUUUCCUGACUCAUGUUCGAGAGUGUGCACUGGGCUCAUUGCUAGUGUUCAUGGAAUUCAACAGCAAAUUGAUCACAUCAGAUGGUGCAAAGAGAAUUGCUGCAAUGUUGCAAAACACCGUCGAAUUUUUAGAUCAGUUGCCUAAACCGAAGACUAUGGAAGAUCUUUCCCAAAGGCUUCACCCAUCCCUGCAAUUGCAAGAUUAUUCUACUAUGGUGCGCCGACGUGUAUUGCAAUGUUUCUCGAAGCUUGUGCAUGUUCAUCCACCCAGUCAUGGGGACAUUAUUUCCCAGUCCAGACUUCUCAGCCUGGCUAUUUCCUCAUUCGCAGACCCCGAUGCCCAGUACAAGCAACUAGAAAGCUCUAUUUCCGGCUCUGCCGGACAAUUCGAUGGUCUAUGGGAUCUAUGUGAUAAUUACGGAUUUGGUGUCACUGGACUCUCCCGUGAAUAUAUCCGUGCUACACUGUCUGGCACCCAGCAAGAUGACAAGAGUCCUGCCUGGUCUGCGCUUGAUUCCGUGGACCAGGUCGUGGACGACACCUUAACUUUCCCUAUUUGCGAAGCUAGCGAGCAUGACGCGGUUCUUCUAUACAGUUUGCGAGAUGGAGAUAAGGUUGCCGUUGAUCCCCCAACAACAGGAGUUGUCAACUCGGCAAUCGGUUUGUUCUCUGUGGCUCUGGCUCUUCAUUCUUCCAAGAUCCAGGAAAGCAGUGUGGAACAGAUCGCUACAUUCCUCACUUCCCCCGGCCUACAAAGAAACCCCGGCAGGAAAACAGCAUUGGUCGUCAACAUCUCGGUCGCCCUUUUACAGACUCUGAAAGUUGCUGUUAAGGAGACAGAUUUUGUGCCUGGCAAGCUAAAUCCGUCCACUGAUAAGAUCUUGCAAGAGCUUCUCCAGAAGUUUGUCAUAGAUGCUGAUCCCAUUGUUCGUACAAUCGGUGCCGAAGCACUUGGACGACUUUGCGAUAGUGCCGGGAACACCUGCACCAAUACACAGGUUAAUUGGCUUGUUGAUACCAUUGUGGCGAACAGAGAGCCUAAUGCUAGAGCUGGCUGUGCAGCUGCCCUAGGAUGUAUUCAUGCUCAGAUUGGCGGAAUGGCAGCUGGUCUGCACCUCAAAACGAUUGUUGGUGUUUUAAUGUCUUUGUGUAAUGACCCUCACCCAGUUGUCCAUUUCUGGGCUCUUGGGGGCUUGGAGAGAGUCGCGAACUCCGCUGGCUUGACAUUCUCGCCUUUUGUCUCAGGCUCUUUGGGGAUGCUUGCUCAACUCUACAUCGCCGAUACCCACAAUGAGGAGGCAGCCGCGUUGGCGACCUCCAACAUAGAAAUGUCAUUCUUGACACCCGUCGUGAUCAGUCGAUGCGUGGAUUCUCUCAUCAAUGUUCUCGGGCCGGAUUUGCAAGACAUUGCGAAGACCCGAAAUCUAAUUUUGACCCUGCUUCGCCAAUUCCAAUUGGAGGAAAACCCAGCAUUGGUGACGGAAAGUUCCAAAUGUUUGGACCACUUCUCGAUGUAUGCCGCGAGUUAUGUCGACCUUGAGGCGUACGUGAAGCGACUGCAGACUGAGCUUCGGGCAAGGAACUUCCUCAUGCGAGAUGUGGCAGUUCGUGGGCUCAACAACCUCAUGAAACGAGACGCAUCGUUUGUGAUGCAGACAGUGGGCCAGUCUUUAGAAGAUGACAUCUGGCUCGCUUUCGAUGAAGCACCGAACAACAAGUCACUCAAGUCAAUGAUCCAGGACUGGCUACAGCAGACUGCUUUGACAGAAACCGAGAUGUGGAUCCAACGUUGUCAGAACAUCAUGACCAAGACACGCCACAAGGUAGAAGCUCCUAACACAGCCGUACAAGCUGCAGCUGCCGAUAUGCCCGAUGAUGAGGUUGCCGGAUUUGCCUCGGCUGCUGGGGAAGGACAAGGUGACGCUGCGAACGAAAGCAUCUCUGGCCAAGAACUAUUGAAGUGGCAGACCCGCAACUUUGCCAUGAGCUGUCUCUCCGAACUUCUGGCUACUGUUCAAGAGGCGAUCCUCCCAGACUCUGCCAUCCCAGCGGAGUUGGCUCUCCAGAAAAACGUCGGAGAUAUUGUGAGAAUGGCAUUUUCCGCAUCUACCGCCAAUGUCAUUGAGCUGCGCAUAUGGGGAUUGAAGAUCAUCGACCAGGUUCUUACCAUGUUCGGCAAGACACCGGAUCCUGACUUUGCUGAAGCCUCCCUCCUCGAACAAUAUCAAGCUCAGAUUGGGUCUGCACUUACUCCUGCUUUCGCUACUGAUUCCUCUGCGGAGCUGGCCUCGGAGGCUAUUAAUGUAUCUGCGACCUUCAUUGCGACAGGUAUCGUAACAAAUGUUGACCGCAUGGGGAGAAUCCUGAAGCUGUUGGUGCUAGGCCUGGAGAACUUCGCAAAGAACUCGGAGACUACUGAAAUCGGUGAUCUCAAGGGUUUAAAUUCAAAUGCUCGAGUUAUGGUCAAACUCGCUCUGUUCUCGGCCUGGGCCCGGCUCCAGAUCGCAAGCAUCGAUCAAGAAUACUUGACCCAGGUGGUCCAGCCUUAUAUUGCGAAACUCACACCUUUAUGGCUUUCUUCUCUUCAAGAAUAUGCUCGAUUGCGCUUUGAGCCAGAUAUAUCCGGUAGCUUGGGGACAAGCCCGACCGGUGACUUGGAUGAGGUGUACGCCGCGUUAAAUCGUGAGACUUUAUUGAAGUUCUACCAAGACACAUGGUUAUACUUGGUUGAUGCAAUUGCUGGGCUCGUCGAGAAAGAUAUCGACUUUGUUUUCGAUGCUUUAGAUGGCAAGUUGCAGCUACACGAGGAGCCUAGCGGCGCUGAGGGUGAGGGUGAGGGUGAGGAGAAACACGCAAAAGCCCUUAAAGAGAAGAAGGAUGAAGGAAAGGGACAUGACAUUAAUUACCGCGAAGAGCCGGUCGCAUUCUUCUUUGUCUUGUUCGGGCUGGCUUUCGAAUCCCUGGUCGAUCAAGGAACUUCGGCAUCGCAACGAUUGGAGAUUCUUCAGGCUCUGAAGCGAAUCCUGAGGCCCGUUAUCUGUGGAAAUGCCAUCUACCAAGACGCAAUUUUCACAGAGACCAUGGACAGUUUCGACCGUCUUGUGUUGACAGAAGCUACUCCUAUCCAGACCGUUAUUGUCGAGAUUGCCCAAAACCUGUCCCUAGAUCACCCCGCAGCAAAGGGUGAUCUGGAACGCAGUGACCAUCUUUCUGAUGACAUUGAGCAACUCUUCGAGCUCACAAGAAGCAUCAUUCUUGUUCUUGCUGGAAUGCUUCCCAAUCUCCGCGAAUCGACACCGCUCGCGCGAUUCAACGUCACCUCGGAUGAGUCUUUGGCUCUUAUUCGUUUGGCACUUCAUGCUCUUGUUGAUGUUGCGUCUGUAUUCCCAUCCAUCAUUCGCAACGAUCUCCAUGCUUGUAUCCUACAUAUUUUCACUACUAUCCUCGCAACUGGCAUCUGCCAAGCGGGUGUGGUUCCGCAAGCUCUUCCCAUAUUCAGGCAGUUCGUUCACGGUAUUACCCACGCAACGGAAUCGGAAUCGGAAUCGGAAUCACCCGAAGACCUUGAGGUCGUGUCAUUCCAGCUUCGAGGUUGUCUCACGCGCUUGCUGACCAUUCUCACCAUCGCUCAGCGACGAGAAUCGGAUAUCUCUAUUCCGUGCGCCAAGAACACGCUUCUCGCCAUCACUUUCCUCUUGACUGCCGGCGCACACGUCAUCCCGCCCCAGGAGCCAGUCUUGAUCCGAGUUCUAGAUGAGUUGCUUGACUGUCUUCAAGACGUCGGUCUUGCUACUGUGGCAGCUAGCUGCCUCCGUUCAAUCCUCAUUAAGCCAGGUUCGCGUUCCAUCACCGACGAAGUGAUCAGCAGAUACCUCACCCCACGACUCAUUGCCUUCUUGGUUGCUUGCCCCCUGGACAACGGCGAUAUCCCCAGCGACCCAGAGAACUCCCGCACAGUGGUUGCCCGCACGCUCGUGUCGUGCAUCUCCAACGCCACUUUCUGCACUUCUGAGCUGCCCGCCGCGACAUCUCUCAUCAUGUCGGCACUUUUGGCACGCGCCAAGCGUGAAGGCGAGUCUGUGCACCAAGAAUCCGCGGGCCAUCUCCUCGAGCUUGCCAAGGCCGAUCAACUUACUUUCCGGUCGCUGGUAGCUACUAUGAACGCAGACCAGAAGUCACUUCUAGAGGAGGUCCUUCGUAGUGUUGGAGUCGGAGCUGUUACUUCGAAGACUGACGCUGAUUCGGCAGACAAUACUCCGCAGGCUCCGCCGAGCAUAGCAUUGCGCAUGGAUUUCUAG